GUUCUAUAGUUCAAGGACUUCUUAAAAGUCAUUUUACAAUAAUUGACUCAUUUAUUGCCACCCCAAUACUACCUUUGUUUGCAUUUCCCACUAGUGAUCCACACUUUACUGCCUGCUCUUUCACGAUGAAGGCCAUGGAGGAUCAAGUAGUCCAAGAAGAACCAGGAUACCAGGAUGAUGAGGAAUCCUUUUUCCAGGAUAUUGACCUGCUACAGAAGCAUGGAAUCAAUGUAGCAGAUAUUAAAAAACUGAAGUCAGUUGGGAUCUGCACGAUCAAAGGAAUCCAGAUGACCACAAGACGGGCACUGUGCAAUGUAAAAGGGCUUUCAGAGGCCAAAGUGGACAAGAUUAAAGAAGCUGCAAACAAGCUUAUUGAACCAGGCUUCCUGACUGCCUUUGAGUACAGUGAAAAACGGAAGAUGGUAUUUCAUAUUACUACCGGCAGCCAGGAAUUUGAUAAACUUCUGGGUGGUGGGAUUGAAAGCAUGGCAAUCACUGAAGCCUUUGGAGAGUUCCGGACAGGCAAAACUCAGCUCUCUCACACCCUUUGUGUGACAGCUCAGCUUCCAGGUCCAAAUGGCUACACAGGUGGAAAGAUUAUCUUCAUUGACACUGAAAAUACAUUCCGACCAGACCGCCUUCGUGACAUUGCUGAUCGCUUCAAUGUUGACCAUGACGCAGUACUUGACAAUGUGCUGUACGCACGUGCAUAUACUAGUGAACAUCAGAUGGAAUUGCUUGACUAUGUAGCAGCCAAGUUCCAUGAGGAAGCUGGUAUCUUCAAGCUGUUGAUCAUUGACUCCAUAAUGGCACUUUUCCGUGUGGAUUUCAGUGGUCGUGGAGAGUUGGCUGAACGACAACAGAAACUGGCUCAGAUGCUGUCAAGGCUCCAAAAAAUAUCAGAAGAAUAUAAUGUGGCCGUGUUUGUGACCAACCAGAUGACUGCUGAUCCAGGAGCAACGAUGACCUUUCAGGCGGACCCAAAAAAGCCCAUUGGGGGCCACAUCCUUGCUCAUGCUUCGACUACCAGGAUUAGUUUGAGGAAAGGGAGAGGGGAGCUGCGUAUUGCAAAGAUAUAUGACAGUCCUGAGAUGCCUGAAAAUGAAGCCACAUUUGCAAUAACUGCUGGAGGGAUUGGGGAUGCCAAAGAAUAAGCAGAAAACUGACAUACAGCUGAAAACCACCUGGGCAAUCAGGACGCAGAUUUGUGCAAGGUCACUGACUGCCUAGCUGCAUUUCCACCCUUUGGGAACCAUUUAAGGUAUUUUGGGAGAACAUUGGGAUGAACUCUGUACAGUACAGUUUUAUUGAUCUUAACAGAAAUCAGUUCAUUUAGAGUCUUUAUUUUCCAACUGAACUUUCAGCAGACAAAGAUUUGAGAAAUAAGCUCGUGAACAGUUCAAAGAAUCCUUUCCCUCCAUUCUGUGAAAAUCAAAGCUGUCCUUUCACAUGGGAUUAAUAUACUCUUUUUUUAGUUUAUUUCAAAGAAGGUGUCUAUGUGGUAGAAUUUAACAGCAAAACGGAACAGAAUUGGAAUAAACUCAGUUAUAAGAUUGACGUAAAUGGAUGGAAAAGGCAGUGGCAGGAACAACAGCCCAAGAACUUGAGGGACUCUCACAUACUGUAGACAACAAUUUACUUUAAAAAUACAUUUUUAGGCAUUUUUAUCUUGACUAGAUAAUUUUUGUAUUUUUAUUUAGCAUUUUCUACUUUUUGGAGAGAAUGUUUUAAAACUGUUCUUAUUAAAGUUAAAAAUAAAAAUUAUUAAUUAGAACAACACUCUGCUUAUGUUUGGGUGCUUUGAAUCAAACCCUGCUCUCAAUAACUCACUCAUCUUUCAUGACAGAAAUAAAACUGGGUGCAAUCCAACAUUUUAAAACCUUUUAUCUAGUUCUCUAAAGAAAAACCUUUAUAUAAUUGCCUUGUCAGUCACCUAAUAUAAGACUAUUAAAAUUAUUAAAUAAUAUUAAAUAUUAUUAUUAAGAAGCAGAAGAAAACAAAACCAGAGGCUAGAUAGGGGAGAGAGGCUGACACCA